UGAGCCUCGCGAGUUCCACUCCAGCUGGAGGAGGAACCGGAAGUGUGGUGUGUCGUGGAUGGGAAGAAAGAAAGGGAAAAACAAGAAAUCUGUGGAAGUGGGACAGCAGGAGGGAGUCUCCGUGGACACUAUGGGAUCUAAACUCCAUCAUGGACCCGUUAUUCUGGCACUGAGUGCGGUCAUUCUCGCCGUUUCCGUAUCCGCCAUCCGGUCAGAGCUGGUCUUGUCACGUCCCAGUCGGAGAACUCCAGUGCUGAAGAUGGACGAAGCUUUUCUGACCGUCCUGAACGAGAUUCAGAGCGAUCUGAUCCUCUCUGUACUGUCUGACCUCUGUUACCAGUGUUUUCCACAGCCAGUGGGAGUUGUACCCUCAGUAUCAGGACCUGGGAAUGUUUCAGCAGUGAUCUUCACAGUGAGCACACAACACACACUAACGCUCCAGCUGAACGGCACAGCGGCUAACACUGAGCUCUGCAGAGUGAACUUCCACUUCGGGGAGCAGGGGAACUACUCACUAUGGGUGAAGAACCUGAACGACCUGAAACACAUCAACUGUACCAUCGUCACCAUCACAGAACCCAUCAACAGCUCACUGCCUCUGCUUGUUGCGUUGGUGGUGUGUGGAGCAGUGUAUGCGCUAGCUACAGUGUGGAGCGCAGUGAUGAGGCUGAACUUUGUUAGGAAUCUUGUCCUGCGUUUAGGGAGCAGCAUGGAGGCUGAGAGACUCAUUAACUCUGAUCUCGGCUCUCCCAGCAGAAUUGUGGAAUCCACUGAAUUUAUCACUCCUCCCACCACCGGGAGACGCCUCCGCUCACUAGACACUUUCAGAGGGUUUGCGCUGGUGAUUAUGGUGUUUGUGAAUUAUGGAGGAGGACGUUACUGGUUUUUUCGACACCAGAGUUGGAACGGACUCACGGUGGCUGAUCUCGUCUUUCCCUGGUUUGUGUUCAUCAUGGGGACGUCCGUGUCUCUGUCCCUCAGCAGCUCUCUGGCUCGGGGACUGAGACGUUCUCGUCUGUUGAUGAGAAUCUGUUGGAGGAGUUUACUGCUCUUCAUCAUCGGAGUCUUCAUCAUCAACCCCACUUACUGCAGUGGCCCUCUCUCCUGGGAAACUCUCCGUAUUCCAGGUGUACUACAGCGGCUGGCGUUUACAUACUUGAUUGUGGCUGUGCUGGAUGUUCUGACCGCUCGAGCUGGACUGGGCGGAGUGACUGCAGAUGUCUGGUGGUUUCCGAUUCAUGAGCUGCUGGUCUGCUGGCCAGCGUGGGUGUGUGUGUUGCUGCUGGAAACACUGUCUCUGUGUCUGACUUUCCUGCUGCUGGUACCAAACUGCCCGAGAGGAUAUCUUGGUCCAGGUGGAAUUGGAGAUUUUGGACUUUACCCAAAUUGCACCGGAGGAGCAGCAGGUUACAUCGACCGCUGGCUGCUGGGAGAAAACCACAUUUACCAAACACCAUCAUCACGGGUUGUUUAUCAGACCACAGUCCCGUAUGAUCCUGAGGGUGUUUUAGGAAGCAUUAACUCCAUACUCAUGGCUUUCCUUGGCCUUCAGGCAGGAAAGAUUCUCCAGCACUACAGAGAUCACCCCAGACAGAUAAUGACCCGUUUCCUCGUGUGGGGUUUUGUCCUGGGAAUCCUCUCGGCCAUCCUGACUAAAUGCUCCAGGGAUCACGGCUUCAUUCCCAUCAACAAGAAUUUAUGGUCUCUCUCGUAUGUGACGACACUCAGCUGCUUUGCCUUCAUCUUGUUGAUGUUGUGUUAUUACACAGUGGAUGUGAGAAGGUGGUGGAGCGGAGCACCGUUCUUCUACCCAGGUAUGAACUCCAUCCUGGUGUAUGUGGGUCAUGAGGUGUUUGAAGGUUACUUCCCAUUCCGCUGGAAAAUGUGGAACAGCCAAUCACACGCUGAGCAUCUGACACAGAACCUGCUGGCCACGUGUUUGUGGGUUCUGAUCUCCUACAUCCUCUACAGGAAGAAGAUCUUCUGGAAAAUAUAAAGUCCAACAUCAUCACCACCUCACAACAGACCUCUGUCCUCCCUCUGUCCUCCUCCCCUCAAUCCCCCCCAUCCCUCCUCCCCUCACUCCCUCCCCUCUGUCCUCCUCCCCUACUCAUUAAUAACUCUCAGUAAUUCUGUAAUCUAAAGAAUACAGUGGCACUUACUUUAUUUUUAUUCAGACAGGAAGUUAGGAAAUAUGAUUCUAAAUCAAAAUUUUAAUCAAGAAAUGAACAAUAUUGUGUGAUUUCUUGUUAUAUUUUAAAUAAUAAUAACGAGUAUGUCCCAAAACAGUUAAAAUACAGCUAAUAGAACCCUACAGACCCCUGCAAAACCCUACAGAACCCUGCAGACCCCUACGGAACCGUGCAGAACCCUGCAGACCCCUACGCAACCCUGCAGAACCCUGCAGACCCCUACGCAACCCUGCAGAACCCUGCAGACCCCUACGCAACCCUGCAGAACCCUACGGAACCAUGCAGAACCCUACGGAACCAUGCAGAACCCUGCAGACCCCUACGCAACCCUGCAGACCCCUACGGAACCAUGCAGAACCCUGCAGACCCCUUCGGAACCAUGCAGACCCCUUCGGAACCAUGCAGACCCCUUCGGAACCAUGCAGAACCCUACGGAAACAUGCAGAACCCUGUAGACCCCUACGGAACCAUGCAGAACCCUACGGAACCCUGCAGAACUUGUCAGAGCCAAAAUACUGAAACAGAACAGAGAAACGUUUGGUGUUUAACUACGCCCUGUAUCACAUACUCCUCAGGGGCAGCGAUGGGGCGGGGCUUGAGCUACCUCUGAUCAGCCAAUCAGAAACCCAGCUUAGGCAUUAGCGUUCAUGUCACUGUGUAAUUAUUAGCCUGAUAUUAGCUUAGCUGCUGCAUUUUGUUCGUGUGGUGAAUGUUAUAUAGUGUAAUUAAGAUCAAGGUGUUGACUUAAGCUCCGCCCCCUCUCUUAUUCUCUCUGGUUUAUUAGUGCUGUUCUGGAUGGGGUUGUUCUUCCUCUUUUUAACUCUCCUCUCUUUUAUCUGUGGAUUCUGAGGAGAUGAGAUGCAGCGUGUUGUGAUAAGGAAGGUUUUAAUCGGAUGGAGAAUGAAAUAAACAGGAGAUGGAGGUGGGCGGAGCCAGCUGUUUGUUUCCUGUGUAAAUAACGUGAGGUUUCUGAAGCAGACGAAGCAUUUAUCUCCUGUUCCACUGUAAACUGUUCACCCAGCACUUUUCUUCUUCUUCACAACACUAAAACUUUAUUUAUUGCCAAAUUGCCUACAGUGUAAAGAGAAGAAAUUCCACUGGAGGUUUCAGGUGCUGGUGCGAGGUCUGGACUCGUCUACAGUGUUUCUGCUUUUAUACUUCCUCAUCUUUAACACUGAACACUCAUCUGUUUUUGUUUUUACUUAAUAAAACUGAUUUUGUUUUAAAAUAAAAGUUUCAUCGCAUUUCUAUUU